AUGCUCAACUGUUGGAAUGUUCCUGUUCUCGAUUCCGGCAAGAAACCACCGGAGUUUGCCGCUGGCGAACCUCCCCCCUCCCCUUUUCCACCCGAUCCGCCUGACCCCUCUUCCCCUCUCUCCCCUGUAAACUUUCCUCCCUUAUCUUCUCAGCCAUCAACUGCUCCUAAGCGUUCUCAACGUAAAGGUCCUGUCUCCUCUCCUGCCUCAGCUGUAAAUCCUACUCUGAGUGCUUCAACUACCAUGAAAGAGUCUGGUUCUGUCUCUUUCAAUGGAUCUGUAGACCCUCUAAUGUCUGCAAAAACUGGUUUUCCCCAAAGAUCUGCAACCUUACCUGAAACCCUAACUGAAACAGUAAAACCCUCCCCUGUUCAUGUACCCUCUACUGCCUCCCUUAUUCAUACUGAUAUCCAAACUAGCCCAAAUACUGACCCACCAUUCACUACUCUACCACCAAAACACACCUCCCCUAUCUCCACAAAUCAAGCCUCCUCCUCCUCUCCUGCAAUUCUCCAAACUCCUUCCCUUCCCCCCUCUAGGCCCUUUCAGGUACCUCAGCGUAGUGCUGCUCCUUCCCUGGUAGAGAAACUUAGAGCUGCAGAAGAUAAGUCACUUAAGAGGCUUGCACCUGUCUCUUUUUCUCCAACAGGUCGACCUCGGGUGAUUAUCCCUGAUUCUGUAUUUGAAAAAGGAGCUGAACUCCACAAAGAUUUUAUCAUUUGUUAUUAUAAUGGUAAAACUCCACCUUUUAACCAAAUACAGAGUGUCUUCAACCACCUGUGGGGCAAAGGAAAAAGGCUUGAGAUUCACAAUAACCCACUCAACCGAACUACCAUAGUCAGGAUCCAAAGCGAGUACCUGAGGCAAAAGAUUCUUGAGAAAUGUGUUUGGUAUGUGGGUGACACCAUGUUUCAUACUGCUCAAUGGUCAUCAGUUCAAUCUCUCACUGCUCCUCCAAUUAAAGCCAUAAGGAUAUGGGCGCACCUAACAGGCGUACCCCUCGAUCUCAGGCAUCUAGAAGGUCUGAGUUGGGUCGCUGGACUUGUUGGUGAUCCAAAAGAAACCGAUGACUUCACCAAAAACAUGGUCAGCUUAACACUCUCCCAUGUGAAGGUGGAAGUUGAUCUAACUCAACCCCUGCCAUCUGUAGUGGAAGUUGCAGUGAAUUAUCCCUGGGUGCCUCCCACCUGUGCGCAUUGCAAAGAGCUGGGCCAUAUUAUGAAGAAUUGCCUCCAUUACUCUCCACCUGAAAAAGAGACUGCUAAAGAAUCAGGCCCUGGCACUAACUCUGCAAUACCAAAAUCUGCGAAGAAGAAAAAUGCCAAGAUUUACCAACCUGUCAAUAAACCUGUGGUUCGAUGUGACUCCCAACCUUCUGUGGCUGAGCAAGUGGGCCUCUCUGGUCCCCCCACUGCUCCUCUGCCUUCCUUUUCCCCUCCUCCUACUGCCACUCCUGCUCAUAACCCUCCCCCUGUUACCCCUUUUCCUAUGGAGGUCUCUUUCUCGUCCCCUGACCCUACUCCUCGACCCUCCCUUAAGCGUUCCAGAUCCUCCCCUACCCUAUCCUCCCCUCCUCCCUCUUCCUCUAACCCAAACCCCUUUCUCAAUCAUGUACCAAGUUUUUCCACCCUAUGUAAUACCCCCUUGUCGAACUCUUUUUCAAUCCUAAAUUCUUUAAUACCUUCUACUUCGUUUUCCUCCUUACCCCCUGUAUCGGACCCCCUUAUCCCCCCUCACUCUCCCAAUUUUUUGGCUACUAAGGAUUUUCCAGGCUCUGGUGAUCCUCCUGUCCCUUCCCUAUGA